AAGCAAUAGUGCCUCUCACAUGUCACAGGAUCACGAUCACGCCUGUCCCGGUCAGUUUUUCCCCUUCUUUCCCCUUCUCUUCUGCCACAUGCUACAGAUGCGCUCACACGGCCUUUCGCACUGGGUCUUCCUCUUCUUCUUUCCUGGGAGCCUGUUUCGUCGCCUUGAGAACACGCGCCCGAGAUUUCUGAAAGGUCAAACUUUGGAGGAAGGAGACCUGGUGCUUUCUGAGUCCUUUAGCUACAGCUUGGACUACGCUCCCCUUGAGCUUCAUCCUCCACGCCUUCCCAACCCCUUUGUCUCUUCUUCUUAAACCGCUUGAACCUGAAAUCACUACUCUCUUUCAUAUUCUCUCCUUCUUGCCGCCGUCUCCGUAUCCCGGGGUCGCGAUGCAGAGCUCAACCCAAGUUGAGGAAGACGCCGAUUUGAGCGCAGCCAAGGAGAUGAUAGAAGAAUUCGUCUCGCUGCGAGCCAGUCGCUGGAAGGCGAAGCAGUUCAAGAUCCCAGCCAAGCACGCAGUCAAGAUAGCCGCCAUGUGCUGGGACCUCAGCACCUUCCUGGCGAUGGGGCCCGGAUGCCUCCUACCUAACGUCUUGGGCGGCUAUGUCUUUAUUCCAUAUGACGACAGCACAGACGGUCUCCCUCCAGAUCUUUUGGAGCGCUUUGAGAAGCUUGGCCGCUGGAUCAAAGAUCGCAAGAACCGCCCGACCAUCUUUCAGAUGGACACAUUACUCGAGAAAUACGUCGAUGAGAUGUGCUUCUGGGAGUUCCUGGACGGCGGCGAUGCUUCGAGGGUUGAUUUCCACGGGAAGAUCAAGCUCCUCGCGAGACACCGCGUCUCAAAGGGCGGCUUCGAGGUGGUGCCCAGCAAGCCACUUCACGCGCAGUUCGGAUUUGUUAUCGGAGUUGUCACUGAGUCAGGGCGCAUCAAGAAGGAGUGGCGUUGCCUCGACUGGGGCUGCACCGAGAACGAAGUCGCCCGGGCGUUGGACGCAUUCCCGAGGGACCAAUAUCCGCUUCAAAGGGUGGCGGACCGCCAGGUGCGGGUUCUGGAGAGUAUUCACGGCCCGGAGGCCAAGGAAGCGCAGGAUCUCAUUCAGAAGCUGAGGUCCCAGGAACCCAUUAAGGACGGCUCGGAAUGGUCCUACUUUCUGUGUGACGCAGACAAGGACAAGAUCUGCUGUGAAGCCCACCAAUGGAUAACGCUGAGGCAGCCAAACGACGUCAAGUUGAUGAAGCGCUUAGCCAUGGAGCGGAGCACAUGGCCGACCAUCGUCCGGCGCUGCCAUAUACGCCACUACGAGGCCGCCCUCAAGAUCGCCAAGCUGCAGUAUCUCCAGCGUCUGCACGUCCAGCUCGUUGAGACGGCGGCAUUGGAGGGCAAUGGCAAGACGGGAAGCAAUGCUCCGAUGGAGGCUAGUCAUCAAGCCGUGGGUUAGGCGCAGCACCCUGAAUCGCAGUCGCUGGACUGGCUUACUUCGACACGAGGUUGCUUUCUUCGAGGGGUGGUGUUGAAGGAAUGACAGGGCGGCUUCAUAAC